CCGUGCUGAAGCUGGAUAACACCGUGAUGGGGCAGACGGCCUGGAAGCCUGUGGGCCAGCAGGCCUGGAACCAGACCUUCGCACUGAAGCUGGAGAGGGCACGGGAGCUGGAGAUCUCGGUGUAUUGGCGGGAUUACCGCAGCCUCUGUGCCUUGAAGCACCUCAAGCUGGAGGAUUUCCUGGACAACCAACGCCAGGAGAUCCACCUGGACCUGGAGCCCCAGGGCACCCUGCUAGCCGAGGUGACCUUCUUUGACCCUGUCAUCGAGCGCAUCCCCAAGCUCCAGAGGCAGAAGAAGAUUUUCUCCAAGCAGCAAGGCAAGGCCUUCCUGCGCGCCCGUCAGAUGAACAUCGACAUCGCCACCUGGGUGCGGCUGCUGCGGCGCCUCCUGCCCACCACCAGCUCCACUGGCGCCUACAGCCCCUCGGCCCACGUGCCCACCGGGCCCGGCUCUGAGGGCCACCACGGCCUGGCCAGAGACUUCUCCAUCGAGAAGCUGACCCUGGACAUUGAUAAGCCGCAGCAGGAGCGGCCAGGCCAGCCGGCCGAUGGCGGGGAGCGACCGGAGAGGGGCGCACUGAGCCCGCAAGUAGGAGAUGAGGAGCUGGUGCUGGGAGGAGACACCCGAAGGCCUGGGAAUAGCGCCCUGCACAGGACGACGCCUUUGACGCUGGAUGACUUCAGGUUCCUGGCCGUGCUGGGACGCGGGCACUUCGACAAAGUGCUGCUGUCCGAAUACAGCCGCACAGGGGAGCUCUACGCCAUCAAAGCUUUGAAGAAGGGGGACAUUGUUGCACGGGACGAGGUGGAGAGCCUGAUGUGCGAGAAGCGGAUCUUCGAGACGGUGAAUAGCUCGCGGCACCCGUUCCUGGUGAACCUCUUCGCCUGCUUCCAGACGCCCGAGCAUGUCUGCUUUGUCAUGGAGUACACGGCCGGCGGCGACCUCAUGAUGCACAUCCACACAGACGUCUUCACUGAGCCACGGGCCACGUUUUACACCGCCUGUGUCGUCCUCGGAUUGCAGUUUCUUCAUGAGCGCAAAAUAGUGUACAGGGACCUGAAGCUGGAUAAUUUAUUACUGGACAAGGAGGGUUUUGUGAAGAUCGCAGACUUUGGCCUGUGCAAGGAAGGGAUGGGCUACGGCGACCGCACCAGCACGUUCUGUGGGACCCCCGAGUUCCUGGCGCCCGAGGUGCUGACAGACACGUCCUACACCCGUGCCGUGGACUGGUGGGGGCUGGGCAUCCUGGUCUACGAGAUGCUGGUGGGGGAGUCCCCAUUCCCAGGCGAUGACGAGGAGGAGGUGUUUGACAGCAUCAUGAAUGACGAGGUGCGGUACCCCCGCUUCCUGUCCACCGAGGCCAUCGGCGUCAUGCGCCGGCUCCUGCGCAGGAAUCCGGAGCGUCGCCUGGGCUCCAGCGAGCGGGACGCCGAGGACGUCAAGAAGCAGCCGUUCUUCAGGGUCAUUGACUGGGAGGCCCUGCUGGCCCGGCGGCUCCCUCCCCCCUUCGUCCCCAUCAUCAAGGGGCGUGAGGACAUCAGCAACUUCGACGAGGAGUUCACGGCCGAGGCGCCCGCGCUGGCGCCCCCGCUCACCGCUGCCGAGCAGGAGGCCUUCCGUCAUUUCGACUACCUCGCGGACACCUGCUAGCCCAGGGGAGAGCUGGGCCGCGGGAACGGACGGAGGGUUUCCCACCAGCGCCCCCUGGACUCUGAAGGACUCACUGGGCGGGGAACCUGCCCGGAUCCGUGCUCGGGGGGCAGUUUGGCUCGAAGGCUACAGAAGCAAGACAGGGGAGGUGGAUCUCUUGGAGUCCCUGCCAGGGACUGCUGCCCCCCAACCCAAGCAGCCCCGUCUGAGCUCCCGGCUGCCCCCUCUGCCCGUGACUUUCUCUUGGACCACUGUAG